CAUAUUAUUGAAUGCGUUCACGCACAGAUUGAGAGUGCAGAGAGUCGGUGGUUUCCUGUCUUAUCUGCCAGGAACAGGUGCUUGUCUCACACAGACAGCUAUUUUGACAAGAACUAUGAAGACGCUACCACUACUGUUGCUCCUUGUUGUGUUGGUUGCUUCACAAACCCCCGAUCCGUCGGUGACAGUCAGACCCUCCGGAAGUGUGACGGUGGGCGGGACCUGUUCCCACCAAUCAGAUUGCGAAGCCUCGCUCUGCUGCGUUCACAGCGGGUUGGUAGGGAAGAGAAGAAAGCGGAUCUUCUUAGAUGGACUUUUUAAUCACGACCAUGGAAAGUGUCAGCCACACAGACAACUUAACGAGCCAUGCAUGCCAUUUAUGACUCACGAUAUCUUCAACCACGAGUUGUAUCAGAAUUACUGCCCGUGCGAACAAGGCUUGGAGUGUAGAGGACAAACUGUAGACGAGGCGGAGCACUCAGUAGUACACCACAAUCCGCGCUGCCAACCUCCAGAAUCUUAAACCAUGUAGUCCCAACUAAGGAUUUCUGUUUAUCUGCAAAUAAAUGACUCAUUUGCUUCUGUGUAA